AAUAUAAAAAGGCUUCUUCUUCACUCACUCUCACUAGGUGCCAGUCCAUUUGCCAGUUUGGACUCCCUUUUUAAAAAAAUCCCUUGAAUGCUGCCAAUCACACCAAGCAGCAUCUAAGCUUUCAUCCUGCCUCUCCCCUCUGAGCCUGUGACUCUGACCUCAUCUCUCUCCCUCUCUCUCUCUCUCUCUCAUGUUACAAUUUGCCGCCGAUCCUCUACUUCUGCUUCAUCUUCCUGCUGUAACCAAGACCUGGGCUUGACCACCCAGAAAGGGCGGCAUCAUCAAGAGCUAUGCAAGACUCAAUUGGUAUUCCUGCUUGUUUUUCUUCUGCAGAGAAUGAUCACGUGGCUGUGACUCGCUCGGGCCAGAGCGUUUUCGUGUCUGUGUACAGAACAAAAAUUGCUGAUCAAUGCCGCUUGAUCACCAUUACUUGGUGUAAAAACUUGCUGCUUCAUGGCCUGUCAGUAUCGGUGGAAGGUCUGGAAGGAGAAACACAGUACGCCUGCAAGGUCGAGCUUAAGCCAUGGUACUUUUGGAGGAAACACGGUUCCAAACGAUUCGUGGUAGAUGGGAAACCUGUUGAUGUCUUCUGGGACCUUAAAGCUGCCAAAUUUAACGGGGAGACAGAACCAACCUCGGAGUACUAUGUUGCAGUGGUCUGCGAUGGAGAGGUUGUUCUGCUCCUCGGCGAUCUGAAGAAUGAUGCCUACAAAAGGACGGGAUGUAGGCCAUCUCUUAUUGAUCCCAUUUUGGUUUCAAGGAAAGAGCAUAUUUUCGGGAAGAAGAAGUUCUCAACCAGAGCUAAGUUCCACGAGAGAGGUAGAUGCCAUGAGAUCUCUAUUGAGUGCAAGAACAGGGGAAGUGGAUCGAGAAAUGGCAACAAAGCAAAUGGGGUUGAACCAGAGAUGGAGAUAAGGAUCGAUGGCCAUUUGGCCAUUCACGUAAAGCAUUUACAGUGGAAAUUUAGAGGCAACGAGUCAAUUCAUCUCAACAAAAUGAGAGUGGAGGUAUAUUGGGAUGUGCAUGAUUGGCUCUUUAGUCCUGGUUUAAAGCAUGCUUUAUUCAUUUUCAAGCCAGUUUUCUCAUCUACAUCUCAAUCGUCCCUAUCAUCUUCAUCCCCUCCAGUAUCAUCUUCAUCAUCGACUCCAGCAUCAACUCACACUGUUUGUUCAGGAUCGGUGGAGGGACUAACAACUCUGGGUGGGUCAUCAGAAUUUUGUUUGUUUCUCUAUGCUUGGAAGGUUGAAUGAAAGAAAU